AUGAGCAAUCCCAGUCUCCACACAGACGAUGCCGACCCAGAGCAGCCGUCGGAAAACUCUCCAUCGCAUGCUCUAGCCCACCAGCGGAGUCACCACGACACCGAAAAUGAGGUCCGCUCCAAUGCGCCCACGUCUCUGCUCACCAGCGAGUGCCUGCGGGGAGUUGUCCGCAAUGUUCGCGAGCAAACAGGUCGCAUCGCCGACAUGCUUGGCCGGCCGGCUGCGCAGACCGAGUCCGGCCUGGGUGCGUCCCUCGUAGACCCCGAGAAACUAGGCUCAACAGAUGAUCACCAGCUAGCUGCUAUCUUUCGCCCAGAAUCACAGGAGGGGGAGGGCCUGACUGCGUCGCAGUAUCAGGAAGCUGUGAAGGCUGAGGCGGAGAGGUUGGUGCAGGGCCUUCAGGGAGGAGCGGCGUCGGUAUCGGGAUCUGAUGCCUCAAUGCUUGUUCCGCAGCCUCAGGCUGAUGUCGAGGCUGCGGAGAAUGUGCCCGCGCCGGAGCCUUCGUUGCCUGGGGGUGUGCUAUCCGCUUUGCUUCACUUGCGUGGUAUGCAUUCACGGCAGAAUAGUUUGUACUCGGCUGCGGAGUCGGAUAGGGAGUCGACGCCGGCGCCCACUCCGUCUGCUGUUCCUGGGAAGAAUAAGCCGCGGAAAUGGCACAAGAAGCCUAACCAUGCUUCGACUUCUUCACUGGUACGGAUGUCGUUGAACAUGGGCCAGAUCGGUUCUUCCGCCUUGUCGACCCCAGAAACGUCACAAGGAGAGCCAGCUGAGACAGAUACAAAAGAGCAAAAUGGAGGCAGGAAAAAUAAGAAGAAGAAGAAAGGAAGGAAAAGCGAUAAACAAAGCCAAGAGGUCAAAUUGACCGUCCACAUUGCUGAAAUCAUCUUCCGACAGCGGUAUAUCAUGCAGCUCUGCAGAGCGUUUAUGCGAUACGGGGCGCCCACCCAUCGCCUAGAGGAGUAUAUGCAGAUGACGGCGCAGGUGCUAGACAUCAAGGCACAAUUCAUGUAUCUACCUGGCUGCAUGAUUAUGUCUUUUGACGAUCCAGUGACUCGCACUGCGGAGGUGAAACUCAUCCGAGCGCCUCAGGGCCUUGAUCUCGGACGCCUCGAGGACGUCCAUCACUGUUAUAAACGGGUUACCCAUGAUAUGGUGGACAUGCAGACGGCUAUUUCGGAGCUCACAUCGUUGAUGGAUCGCAAACCGCGGUAUAACCGGUGGCUGGUAAUUCUGCUCUAUGGGCUUGGGUCCGCUGCUGUAGGGCCAUUUGCGUUCUCUGCGCGGCCUAUCGACAUGCCUAUUAUCUUUUUCUUGGGAUGCUGCGUAGGGUUUAUGCAGCUUGUUCUCGCCCCUCGCUCUCCUCUGUACGCCAAUGUCUUUGAAGUUUCUGCAGCAAUCUUGGUAUCGUUUAUCGCGCGUGCAUUUGGCAGUAUCAGACUCCCUGGCCAUACGGAUCCUAUAUUCUGCUACGCCUCAAUAACUGAAUCAUCCAUCGCCUUGAUUCUUCCCGGCUUCUCUGUCCUGAGUAGCAGUCUGGAAUUGCAAUCCCACCAGAUGAUAGCCGGUUCUAUCCGCCUCGUCUACACAAUCAUCUACUCGCUCUUCCUUGGCUACGGCGUCACCGUGGGCACCACAAUCUACGGCGCCAUCGAUUCAAACGCAACUAGCGACACAACCUGCGCCAGGCAGUCUGUCUGGGGAAGCCCGUAUACGGAACAUUUCCCCUUUGUGGCAGUCUACUGUCUCAUUGCAUCGUUGAUUAACCAGUCCAAACUCCGCCGCACGCCCGUCAUGAUUUUAAUCGGGACAGCGGGAUAUGUGACCAACUACUUUAGCACGCAGAGACUGGGUUCUUCCUCUGAGGUCGCGAAUACAGUUGGCGCGUUUACGAUUGGCCUGCUGGCGAAUCUGUAUAGUCGCGUUUGGCAUGGGAAUGCGGUUAGUUCGACGAUUCCGGGGAUCUUUACGCUUGUGCCAUCGGGAAUGGCGUCGUCGGGAUCGAUAUUGUCGGCGAUUGAGUAUUCGGAUUCUGUGAAGAAUGGGACGGCGAAUACCUCUGGGGGUAGCUCAGGGAGUUCCUUGACGAGCUUGGGGUUCGGUAUGAUCCAGACGGCGAUUGGGAUUACGGUGGGAUUGUUUGUGUCUGCGCUGAUUGUGUAUCCGCAUGGGAAGAAGAGGAGUGGGCUGUUUUCGUUGUAG